AUGGUCCUCGGCGGUGUCAUCGGCCAGCUGGCCUGCACGUUGGGUCUGGCCACUUGCAGCACCACUAGCAGCUCUCCAGUGACCACCUCCUCCAGGAGCUCUGCGGUUGCUGCUGCCACCUCUGCUGUCGUGACAUCUGCUUCCGUGUCGUCUGGCGGGGUCACAGGUGUCUCCUCUCGUGCUGCCACACAGCCCAUUGCCAGCGAGGUUAUUCCUAUCGUCUCAGCCUUCCCCUCCAUCAACCCGUUGACCACCAUCUCUGUCAUCCCCUCUGCUGCUUCUUCUCCUGCCCCUCUCCCAUCUGCCGAUGCUCUUCCCGGUGCCACUGUCGACAGCACCAUCCUCGUCUUGGCCCGUGAUGCUGCUUCUGCCGCCGUUGGAAGCUCUGGUUUUGAGGCCUAUGGCAUCCCUUUCGAGACUCUGCUUGUGCCUCAGGCAGGCGUCGCUCUCCCCGCGCUCACCAGCGGGGACAAGAAUGGCCGAUAUGCCGGUAUCCUUGUCAUGGGUGCUGUCUCUUAUGACUACUCUGGAACCUGGAAGAGUGCCUUGACCGAUGCUCAGUGGAAUGACAUCUACGCCUAUCAGGGCAACUACUCUGUCCGUCUCGUCCGUAUUGACGAGUUUCCCGGACCUGCUUUCGGUGCCAAGACUGCUGAUGCCAACGGUGGUGGCUGCUGUUCUACUGGUGUUGACCAACUCGUCAGUUUCUCAAACACCACUGCCUUCCCUUCUGCCAACCUCAAGACCAACGCUGGAGUAACCACCAGCGGACUGUGGCAUUAUCCUGCUGUCAUUACCGACCCUGCCACCACCUGGGAGAUUGCCAAGUUUGGCGCGGGCGGAAGUUUCUCAACUGAGACGACUGCAGGUGUCAUAAACAACUUCAAUGGCCGUGAGCAGAUGGUCUGGUUCACCGGCUGGGCUACCGACUGGUCUGCCACCUCCAACUACCUCCAGCAUGCCCACGUUCACUGGCUUACUCGUGGUCUCUUUGUUGGCAAGCGCAAGAUUCAUCUCAGCACCCAGAUCGACGAUGUUCAGCUCGCUACUGAGAUGUACUACCCCAGUGGCGCUGAAUUCAAGUCUCGCAUUGGAGAUGUUGAGGCUCACGCCACCUGGCAAACCAACAUCAACGGUCGUCUGCCCAAGGGCUCCGACUUCUGGCUUGAGUUUGGUCAUAACGGAAACGGUGAUAUCAUUGCUGCUGUAACCAAGCCUACGGCCUCAUCUGUCUGCAAGCCUGAGGACCCUGUUGACUACCCUUACCCUCCUGACACUCCCCUCGAGUUCCAGAAGCCCAUUGGCAGUGGUUCUGACCAGUGGCCUGCCGCGUAUGAGCAGUAUGAGUGGACUCAGCAGUGUGCAAAGCUGGACGAUUUUGCUGCCUGGUUCCUGAACUCGGACAACCUCAACCACUUUGCUCAUCUGUCUCACACCUUUACUCACCUUGAGUUGAAUAAUGCCACUUAUCACGACGCUACCCGUGAGAUUCACUUCAACCAGGCUUGGAUGAAACAGAUGGGCAUUGACCAGGCCAGACGUUUCUCUGCUCAGGGCCUGAUCCCCCCCGCCAUCACUGGACUGCACAACGGAGAUGCUAUCAAGGCUUGGAUGGACAACGGUCUCCGGUAUGUGGUUGGUGACAACACUCGCCCUGUCCUCAAGAACCCCAACAGCAAGUUCCACGCCCUCACCACCAAUGUCGCCGCCAACGGCUACGCCGGCCUCAAAAUCAUCCCCCGCUACGCCACCACCAUCUACUACAACUGCGACUCUGCCGAGUGCACCGUCAAGGAGUGGAUCGACACCUCUGCCGGCAAGGGUGGUUUCACCGAUCUCCUCAACGACGCCCGCUUGACCAACUCCCGCUACCUACUCGGCCUCCAGGCCGACCCCUACAUGUUCCACCAGGCCAACCUCCGCCAGACGGAUAUGCCCACCAUCACCGUCGGCUCUCAGACUGCCAAGAUGUCCCUGGUCAUGGCCUGGGUCGAGACCAUCGCCCAGGAGAUGUACCGCCUCACCGACUGGCCCAUCACCUCGCUCAAGCACGACGAUGUUGGCAAGUACUUUGUCGACCGCGAGACUCUCGACAACUGCAAGCCCAAGCUCUCCUACACAUACAGCUCGGACGGCAAGUCCAUCCAGUCCGCCACCGUCACCACCAACAGCAACACCUGCGGCGUCCCCGUGCCCGUCACCAUCCCCGUCGACUCGGCCACCACCGAGGGCGGCUCCUCCACCUCCGACAAGGUCGGCACCGAGCCCGUCAUCAUCUGGGUCACCAUGAACGGCUCCCCAGUCACAGUCAAGCUUAGCAAGAGCGUGUCUCUGGUGUAG